AUGGACGGCGCGAAAGUCGGCGGCGAUAAGGACGGCAAGGGAAUCGGCGGCGGACCCGGAUCCGGACCGGCGAUGAAGUCCUACGCCGUGCGCAUGGCCGGCAUCGCCGCCGCGAACGACGCGAACCCGGUCAUCCCCGAAGCCGAAGGCCGCGCGCGGUGGCAAGCGAAAUGGCACGAGCUCGAAGGGAACCUGCGCGCGAACGACCUUCGACUCGAUCACCUCGGCGUCGACCGCGACGACGCCGCGUACUGGCUCAUCGGCAAUUGGGGUCUCGUCGGGAGGCAGCCCUCCGGCGCGGGCGGCGGCGAGGGCUUCAGCAUCGGCGGGUUAGGCGGCGUCGCGACGAGCUCGGCGGCGAAGAAGAAGAAGAGGAAAUCGACGGACGGCGUCGACGACUCCUUCGACGACGGCGGUGAUGUAGACGUCACGAUGGAGGACGACGACGACGUCGCGGACGCGAACGCGGACGCGAAGACGCCCGGACCCUCGAGCGGCGGCGGCGGCGGCGGCGAGUACGCGGACAAACCUCCGGACGAAUCGAUGUGGGGCGUCUACGGCGACGCCGAGAAGGUGGCGACGCUCGCGGCGUCGCUGAACGAAAAAGGCGAGAGAGAAGGGAGUCUGUGGAGCGAGCUGCAGCGGCGGUUCGGCGCGCCGCGCGUCGAGGGUCCGAAGCCGCCGUCGGUCGAAUCCGGCGACGAAGACGCCGCGAAUCCGGGCGAGGGCGACGCGACCGCGACCGCGACGCCGCCCGCGGACGGCGACUUGGGUCGGACGGCGGACGAGGGACACCCCGGCGCGACGAAGAAGAAGACGAAGCCGCUCGCGCCGCCGCUCCCGCCCAUCGACGCCGUCGUCGCCGUCCCGCCGCCGCCGCCGGACGACGGCGCGUGGAAACCGCCGCGCCCCGUCGGCGCCGAAAAUUCCGAACCCACCGGCCCGGGCGCCGCGAUCGCGGCCGCGCGGACCGAGCUCCUCGCGAUCGACGCCGCGCUCCCGGACGACGCGAUGUGCCCCGCGAGGGGAUCGCAAACGCGUCGAGCGUCGUGGCGUCGCAUGACGACGUCGGCGACGGACCCCGCGACGUUGGCGAUGUCGUCCGUGCUCCUCGAGGCGUCGCUCGCGAAGAACUGGCUCUCUCCGGCGUGGCUGCCGUGGUCGAACCCCGCGCCCGCGCUGCGCGCGGCGUCGAGAGCGAACGUCUCCGUCGCCGCCGCGGGGGUGCUGAUGCGCGCGCACGCGUUGCGGCGGGCCGUCGUGUGGGGCGGCGGCGCGAAGGUUGAAAAGCCGCCGCCGCCGCCGCCGCCGCCGCGGGAGACGCGCGAGGAGCGCGCGGCGCGGCGCGCGAGAGAGGCGAUUGGGGAGUGGGAGCGGCCACCGGAGGGGAUGGACGCGGACGCGGCGGCGGCGUUGGCGGUGGCGGCGGCGGCGGACGCGGAGGAGAGCGAACGGAAGAGGCGACGCGUCGAGUAG